AUGAAGACAGGAUCCAGCAUUGCUUACGUGAGCGGACACAUCCUGCCGAGCACAGGCUGUGCGCCUGGCAGCAAGGACCCGUGCAGCAUGCAGCCGCGAGGCCGGUUCCCUCCGCGCCCCUCUCCUCGGGCGCCGUCUGUGCAGCACCAGCACCCCUGCGGUCACGCCGCGGGCGGCUGUGGGUGCAGCUGCCCCAGCUUGCACCACGCUGUAUCUGGUCGCCCCUCGGCACGCUCCCCUCCUCCGCUCUUUGGAACCAGCACCCCUGCGGCGUUGCAGCAGCCCUUGCAGAAAGAGCGAGGGCCGCGUGUGCCGGAUGUGUGCGCGCAGUUCGUGUUGCUGGUCCGCUUCCAUUGUAACAAGGAUGUGCAGAAGGCUGGGAAGCUGGUUUCACCGAAAUGGAAAAAUUUUAAAGGCUUGAAACUUCAGUGGAGGGAUAAAAUCCGUCUCAAUAACGCCAUCUGGAGGGCUUGGUACAUGCAGUACCUGGAGAAGAGCAAGAAUCCAGUGUGCCACUUCGUGACUCCACUGGACGGCUCUGUGGAUGUCGAUGAGCAUCGUCGGCCAGAGGCCAUUGCAACAGAAGGGAAAUACUGGAAACGAAGAAUUGAAAUAGUCAUCAGAGAAUACCACAAGUGGAGAACGUACUUCAAGAAAAGGUUACAGAAACAUAAAGAUGAAGAUCUUUCAAGUUUGGUCAGGGAUGAUGAUGUGGUUCUGUGGCAAAAAAGAAGGUAUGGCAGAGAAACCCCUGUCCCUAUGGAGGAAGGCAGCCUCUUGGAUGCAGAUAUGCUUAUGUCUGAGUUCACCGACACGCUGUUCUCCACACUGUCUUCACACCAGCUGGUUUUCUGGCCAAAUUCCAGGGACAUAGCACACUUAGGAAAUGCUGACAUGAUUCAACCAGGGCUUAUUCCUCUCCAGCCAAAUCUUGAUUUCAUGGAUACUUUUGAGCCUUUUCAGGAUUUAUUCACGCCCAGUCGUUCCAGUAAUUAUUUCCCUUCUGUGUCUGCUGCCAGCUCAGCUACAACAGACAGCAGCAGCCAUUCUUCCCAGUCUCCUGUCCUGCCGUCUGAUUCAUUGCCCAACACGCUUCCAGCUGGGAACAUGGGUGACGGACUGAUUGCUUCCUCAGUACCUGCUCCUGUCAUUCCCGAUGUUGGCACUGACCAGUGUUCCAGCAUUAGAAGCGAGACACCUUUCAUCCACCCAGCGGACUUCACUCCCGACUCGUCCCUCAGCGGGCCACAAACUUUUAUGCCAGUGUUUCAGACGCCCUUGCCACUGCCUCAACCUGCGACACAACAGCACCAGUCCCCGUUGCCUGCAGUGCCUCUGAAUUCCAGCUUAAGCUCUCCAUCACCUGCGUUUGCUGCACCGGAAACCCAGAAGUUUGGCCUCUGUGAAUCUACAGUUAUCACCCACACAGCUUCUGCUACGUUGACGCAAAAUGCCCCUGCCACCACCUUCAGCCAGAGCCAGAACUGUGUCCUAGCCACGCAGCAGCCAGGCGCAGGGGUGACUUGUAACCUGGCUUUCCAGACUGCUCUCCUGCAGGGGCAGCCCCGGCCCCAGCCGCAGUCCCAGCUGACAUUUGCACUCCCCAAAGCUGUUCCUCUGGCCAGUGCUGGGACAAGGCCCAAACAGUCACAAAAAACAUUGCCUGCUCCAAAGCCUGAAAUAGUGUCCUUAUUGUUAAAAAAUGCCUUCAUCACCCCAGCUGCCUUUCAGGGACAGUCCAGAACUGUGAUUGUAACUCCAGCACCUUUAAAAAGAGAGGGGAUUUUGACGCCAGCCACGUCUCAGUCUAAUGUUGCAAUUGCACCAGCUGGAAUUGUCAGAGCUCCCGGGGUGACGGAGUUCCGUAGUAACAUUCUGGUUGGUCCAGCACAGCGAGCACCAAGUAGUCAACAAACCCAGUCCACAGUCUCACAUCUCUUCUCUCCUAGUGUAGUCCAGGAUGCGUUGGUGAAAGGAGAGCAAAUCCCUUCCCACAGUUGCAGUUCACAAGUUCCCUCACCUACACCUAGCCGAGACUGUCAGAAUUCAGGCCAAGCUUCCCCCUGCACCUCUGAGCACAGCCCCAGCCCACAGUCUCCCCAGAACAGCUGCUCAGGAAAACCUGCCACUGACCCUAAUAUGGCUGCAUUUAAGAAUCGAAGAACGAAGCGUAUUUCGGAACAAAAACGAAGGUGUAAUAUCAAGAUUGGUUUCAGUGCUCUGAACAGCUUGGUUUCAGCCAACUCCAAGUCGAUCAGCCAUGCAGUCACGCUCCAGAAAACAGUAGAAUAUAUCGCUAAACUACAGCAGGAAAGAACCCAGAUGCAAGAGGAAGCCAGGCGCCUUCGGGAAGAGAUCGAGGAGCUAAACGCUGCCAUCAUUUCUUGUCAACAGCAGCUCCCUGCUACCGGGGUUCCCGUAGCACUGCAAACAUUUGACCACAUGAGGAGGAUGUUUAAUGAGUAUGUGAGAAGCAGGGCCCAGCAGAACUGGAAGUUUUGGAUUUUCAGCAUUAUUAUUAAGCCACUGUUUGAGUCCUUCAAUGGAAUUGUUUCCAGGAAAAGCUUUAAGGAUCUGAAUCAAACUGCAAUGGCCUGGUUGGAUCAGCACUGUUCUCUUCCUGUUCUGAGGCCAAUGGUGCUGAACACCCUCCGGCAUCUAAGUACAAGCACUUCAAUUCUGUCGGACCCUUCGCGCCUGCCAGAGCAAGCUGCUGAGGCAGUAAACAGAAUGAACAAAACCGCUGGCGAAACCUAACAGCCAAAGACGAUGAGUUGCUUAUACAAAGGGUGGAGAACCUGCCAGACUAGCAGCCUGGCGAGUCUCCUUUCAGUUGCUGCACUUUAGAAAGAGUUCUCUCCAUCACCCGAGGCGUUGUUCAGGGCAUCUAGCUCUGCCUUCAGAAUAUGUGGAAGUAGGAUGCAACGUUGUUGUAUGUUUUGAUUCCUCUUCAGUGCUGUGCUGUACUCCGUUAAGUGAGAAAACACCAAGCUCAGGUAAACUUAGCAGGUUUGAGUCCUGCAGGCAGCAAUAUAUCUCCAUCAAUGCAGCAUGCACCUAUAUGCAACAGACAUAUUUCUAUGAAACAGCUUCAAGUACUGAGUUCUCUGAAGUGUAAAUCUUCUACACCAAGGAAUGUGCUCAAAAAGGGGA